CUCGCUCUGUUACCCAAUUCUACGUCGACGUGGUUUCCGUCAAGCAUUCUCUUAGCUCGUCGGCGACGUGUUUCUUUGUCGAUAAUAUCGCCGGAAAGGUCCCUGAUCGACAGAGAGCAUUUUUGAUUCGAUAAAAGGUUGGUAGCAAGAUGUUCUCGUUGAAUGCAAGUCUGAUUCCUAGCUCCACUACCCAACUAGGGAGGCCGGAAAUACAGAGAGGGGGGCAAAUCAAGCCUAUUGGUCAUAGCCCCUUGGCCCUCGGACCACAUACAAUACAGCCUGCAACAUUUGGAAGACAAAUGCACAUUUCACAAAUGAAGUCUGCUGCUUUUAUUUGUGCUUCAGCCUUGAAUGCUAGAUGUGGUGCAGAGCAGACUCAAACCGUAACACGUCAGUCAUCAACAAUCACCAUUGCUCCCGUUCAAGGUAAAGAGAAGUCUCCAGACCUUGAUGACGGUGGGACUGGAUUUCCACCACGUGAUGAUGAUGGAGGUGGUGGUGGUGGAGGUGGUGGUGGUGGAUGGUCAGGUGGGUUCUUCUUUUUCGGGUUUCUUGCGUUUCUAGGGUUUCUUAAGGAUCAAGAAAAAGAGGGCCCCUACAGGGAUGACAGGAGGUGAAGAUGCAUAAUGGAUUCAACUAGGUAAAACUAAAGAUUUUGAUUCUGUUGUGAAUUUGAAGGAAAUAUUAAGACAUAUUCUACCUACUGGUAACUUUGAAUGAUUUGCACUUUCAUAUUGCCAUUCUUUACCAUCUU